AUGGCAAAAAAGAUGACGGAGACCUUCCUCAUCUGUAAUACCAGCUCACACUUGGCCAUCUUAGGACUAAAAUGGUUAGGUGCACACAAUCCUGAAAUUGACUGGAGUAAUUGCACCCUUGCUUUCCCCCACACGCCACCAGAUCAUGUGGCCAUUGCUGAAGAAGAGGAAGCUGACAAAAACCCCUUAGAAGGAGUACCCUCCAAAUACCACCAAUAUGCCAAAGUAUUCAGAGAAGAAGAAUUCAACAAGCUUCCUCCCCAUUGGCAUUACAACAUUGGAAUAGAACUCACGGAAGAAGGACCACUCAACUUGCCCCUAUAUAGCAUGACCAAUGCCAAAUCCCUAACACUUAAGGACUGGCUCAGGGACAAGCUCAAAGCAGGGAAGAUCCGUCCUAGCAAAUCUUCCAUCAGUUCCCCUGUGAUGUUUGUCCCCAAGAUGGAUGGUUCCCGCUGCUUGGUUGUUGACUACCAACGUCUGAAUAACUGGACCAAGAAAAAUGUGUACCCGUUACCCCGUCCUGAUGACCUCAUGGCCCAGCUCCAUGGUGCCAAGGUCUUUACUAAGCUAGACCUACAAUGGGGUUACAACAACGUCUGGGUCAAGGAGGGCAAUGAAUGGAAGACUGCUUUCCGCACUAAGUACAGCCUGUACAAAUCCCUGGUUAUGACUUUUGGCUUAACAAAUGCCCCCGCUGCCUUUCAGCACUUCAUGAACAAGCUGUUCAAAGAUUUACUGGAUGUGUGCAUCAUCAUUCACCUCAAUGACAUCCUGAUCUACUCAAAGGAUGACGCAACCCACGCCCAGCACAUCCAUGAAGUUCUACAAUGGUUAAUGGAAAACCAACUGUUUUGCAAGGCCUCCAAGUGUACCUUCCAUGUCACCUCAGUGGAAUACCUAGGGAUCAUUGUCUUGGAUAAGGGUUUUAGUCUGGAUAAACUCAAAAUCCAGGCAGUACAGGAGUGGCCAGUCCCCACCAAAGUCAAGGAAGUCCAAUUGUUCCUAGGGUUUGCCAACUUCCUGCGACACAAAGCCUUCCAAGGACUCAAAGAGGCCAUCACCAGUGCGCCAGUACUCUGUCACGCCAACCCAGCCAAACCCUACUUCCUAGAAACGGAUGCCUCCAGAGCAGCCUUGGGCUCUAUACUGAGCCAACAACAAGAAGAUGGGCGCUUACAUCCUCUAGGGUUCCUGUCAGAAUCAUUCAAGGGUGCCAAGCAAAAUUACAAUACCCACAACAAGGAGCUCCUGGCAAUCAUCAGGUCCUUUGAGUACUGGUGCAUAUUCUUGGAGGGAACAGAACAUCCAAUCACCGUGUUCACAGAUCAUAGGAACCUUGAAUAUUGGAAAGAAUCCCAGACUUUCAACCAUGUUCCACCCACCAACCAAACCAUGUUGCCGGAACCUGUCUUUGCCAAUACUGCUCUUGUUAUACCAGAAAAGGAACUACAGCGCCAAAUAGAAUCAUCCCUUGAUCAGGAUGAGUCCUUGGAAGAAAUCUUACAGUUCCUACAAAACAAAUCCAAGGCCCCCCCUUCCAUCAAAUGUGCAUUCAAGGAUUACAAGAUGGAAGCAGGGUUGUUGUUUUACCAAGGGCGCAUUGUAGUCCCCAAUGUAGGAACCCUGAGGAUGGACCUAUUACAGAUAUUCCACAACAGUCCCCUGGCAGGUCACCCUGGUAGACAGCAAAUGUUGUAG